CGACGCGCGUCCGCCUUGCUCUUGCUUAAUUUCUUCGUCUCUGUAUAGUCCGCAUGUCUACAUUAACGACGGCCCAGCUCUUGGCAGAAGCAGACGCUGCACUAAAGACAGACCCCGUGCGCGCGGAGGCGCUGUACAAGCAGAUAUUGACGUCGUCGACCUCGGCGCCGAGUACUUCUUCGAAGGAUGUUCAGCAACAGAAGACGCAAACACUGAGGGACCAGGAGACCGCGCUUAUCAACCUUGGACAACUGUAUCGGGAUCAAAAGAAUGCCCAAGGUGUUGCUGAAGUUAUUACACUGUCAAGAUCCUUUAUGUCGUCCACGGCCAAGGCAAAGACGGCUAAGCUAAUUCGCACUCUUUUGGACUACUUCAAUGCCAUUCCGGACAGCCAACAAGUGCAGAUGAGUGUUCUGAACGACAAUAUCGAAUGGGCAAAGCGAGAGAAGAGGAUAUUCUUGAAGCACAGUUUAGAGACGAGGCUCGUGGGACUACAACUGGAGGAUGCGCAGUACAAGCCUGCGCUGGCAAUGAUUGAAACUCUGCUUACCGAACUCAAGCGGCUUGAUGAUAAGAUGGUCUUGACGGAGGUACAUCUACUCGAGAGCCGGGUGUAUCGAGGGAUUGGGAAUCUUCCUAAGGCCAAGGCCGCUUUGACAUCAUCGCGAACCGCUGCCAACUCAAUUUACUGUCCUCCAUACCUACAGUCCUCUCUUGACCUUCAAUCCGGUAUACUCCACGCCGAAGACAAAGAUUACACAACUGCCUACUCUUACUUCUUUGAAGCCUUUGAAAAUCUGUCUUCUCAAGGGGAAGACGACGGGAGGGCACUUGGAGCUCUGAAAUAUAUGCUUUUGUGCAAAGUCAUGCUCAACCUUCCUGAGGAUGUCACGGCUUUGCUUUCAAUAAAGCUGGCCGUCAAAUAUGCACAGCUCAAGGAGGUUGAGAGUAUGAGGGCCGUAGCGCGGGCUCACCAAGAUAGAAAUUUGGCGGAUUUCGAGAAAGCACUGAGGGAUUACAAGGAUGAAUUGUCGUCUGACCCCACAAUACGAUCACAUCUUGCUGCGCUAUAUGACACACUCUUGGAGCAAAACUUGCUGAGAAUUGUUGAACCAUAUUCAGUGGUAGAGCUUGAAUAUGUUGCCGAUACUGUCGGACAAGGUCGACAAGCUGUCGAGGCGAAGCUAUCACAAAUGAUUUUGGACAAGGUCUUCCAUGGUGUACUUGACCAAGGUCGUGGUUGCCUACUUGUGUUCGACGAGCCUAAGCCUGAUAAUAUGUACAUCGCUGCGAUUGAUACGCUGGAGCAAGUAGGCAAAGUAGUGGAGUCGUUGUACGCGAAAACUGUAAAGAUUGCGUGACCAAAUGCGAGACGCGUCAAUGCGAUCACGUGUUUAUUUAAUAGAAAAUUCACACGCUCGUGUCUUGC